ACCCAAUCUCUUGCUUCUCCAUCUCCCCAACUCGCCUAUCCCCCAGCACCAGGGCGUCCUCGCAAACGAGCCUUGCCGUCCGCCCUUGCCCGGUUCGACCAUCGACCCCUCGCUGCUGUUGCCGCAGCCUGCCUGCCCUUGCUUCCUCAUCGAACCAGCCACCUCUAUCGCUCCGACUGCCAUCUGUUUGGGAUCCGCAACUUUGCUGCCCAGUGCUCCCUUGGCCCGAACCCGUAUCCUGCCCUUGAACCAACCGAAACCGCCAAAAACCGUCUCCGCAGCUUAUCCACUUGGACCCAAUGACGCUCACCACUCAGCAGGCCUUCUGGUACCCCCUCUUCUACAUCACCGGCCUCUCGUCGCUGUUCAUCUUCUUUGUCCGCUGGAAUUCGACUCGGCAGAAGAAGGAGUCCAGGCAACAAAGUGCCAACUCGUACUUUGGCCCAAAUGUCAACAAGAUGAUCUAUGAGGAGCUCUGUGAGCAGUACUCGCUAGAGGAGCCCGAGGGCAAGAAACUGCUUACGAUGGCUCUGAUUCAGCGAGCCAUGGCCGAUAUCAAGCGUGUGUUCCAGAUUCGUAACGAGAAGCCUUCGCUGCAGCAGUUGGUGCGCCAGGGCGUCAUCGGCGAAGAGCUGCUUGCUCGUAUGGACAAGGCCGAGCAAGAAAUCGAGAGAGAGCUACAGGAGGUCCAAGAAGAGGCCGAGAUGAUCCGAUCCGGAUGGGGCCAGAGUAUAUUCCAGGAGGCUAGCCAAGUGAUGCAGGCUCAGAUGCAGCGCGAAGCCCAAAUAACCACAGCCAUGGCCCAGCAUCAAAUUGGCGGUGGCGGUGUUGCCGCGCAGGUCAAGCCCGCUCAGACCGAGACCGAGGAAGAGGACGACGACGGCGAGGGCGUCCAGCUGGAGCCAACCUCGGAGCUGACCGACGAGCAGCGACGUGAACGCCUUGCUGCCGAGCUCAUCGAGGAAGAGGAGAAGGAAAAGAGCAAGAGUCGAUCAAAGGGCAGCAAGGGAACCCCGGCCAAGCCCAAGAAGAAGUAAACGGCCAUCACAGUGCCGCCACGGAUUCGGCCUUGCCCUCCUGGUCGCCCUUUAGUUUGGCUUCCGUAUCUGAGGUGGAUGCGCGACCGCUAUCGGUUCGGAGCUUGCUUGACUCUCGCUGCGUUGAUGCGAUAGCGAUCUCUCUUCGAUCUCUCUUCGAUCUCUUCACCCCUCCUACCUCCGCUUCACUAGUCUCUGUUCUCCUAGUGCCUGUCGCUGCCAUGGCCUCGUACCCGUUUGGCUCGGAAGACUUUCUCUUGUGCGCGGCAGUAUAUGCGGCAGUACAUGUCAACGCAGCGCCAAUCAAGUUGAUAAUUGCGUCGGUCUCGCCAUUGAUCUGCCACGCAUCUGUUGAAUAAACCACGAGCUAUAUUUUACAAGA